UUAGUGACGGUGAUUUCAUCAGCUUUUUUAUCGGUUAAUAAAAUGUUGUACAUUGGUUAACUGGGGAAACAAUAUACAUAUUUAUAACAGUACAUACGAAAAGGACUGUAGUAGACGACGUCGGUAUACAAACAGUACAUAAAAUGUGCGAAUUUCAAGCAAUUGUAAUGGCAGCUGGUCGUGGUUCGAGAAUGUACCCACUUACUGAAAACAUUCCCAAAUCUAUUCUUCCUGUUGGUAAUUUACCACUCAUCUGGUAUCCACUUAAUCUUUUACAAACGUCGGGAUUUGAAGAAGUCAUAGUUGUUGUGUUGGAAUCAGAGAGAGAUUUAAUCAGCAACUCUAUUGAAAAAUGUUUUGAUGCAAAGAUGAAAAUUGAAAUAAUACCAAUUCCUGAUAAUAGCGCUAUGGGCACUGCUGACUCACUAAGACAUAUCAAGGAAAAAAUAGAGAGAGAUAUUCUUGUCGUGAGCUGUGAUAUUAUCGCAGAAGUAAAGCUACAUCAACUAGCAGAUAUUCAUAGGACAUAUGAUGCAACUAUCACUGUACUAUUGUCUUCAAAUGAAAGAAAUGAAGAGGAGAAAGAAGAAAAUACAAAAAAGAAAACAAAGAAAAAUCUAUUAACCCAACGAGAUAUUAUCGGUUUGGAUGGGCAACAGAACAGAUUGUUAAUCUUUGAUGCAGAAGAUGACCUGGAUGAAAUAUUAACUUUACACAAAUCAUUAUUAAAAAGAUUUCCAUAUGUAAAUAUCAAGAGUGACCUCUUGGAUGGUCAUCUCUAUAUCAUAAAGAAAUGGGUUGUUGAUUUUCUUAUCUCAAACAAAUCAAUUAAUUCAAUAAAAGGAGAACUUAUUCCAUAUUUAAUAAAGAAACAAUAUAGAAAAAAAAAAAAACGUGUUGAACCACAAGAUUUAGCUUCAUCCAAGGAGGUAAUGGAGGAAGAUACAAAGAACGACAUUUUUAAUUAUAUUGAGAGAAAUGAACUGGAUGAAUGGACACAAAGUUUAUCAACGUCAGAUCGUAUAUGUACAGAGAAGAUGAGAUGUCAUUGUUAUAUAAUGGAUGAUGGUCAUUGUUUACGAAUCAACACAGUUCCCACGUAUAUGGAAUCGAAUAGAUUAAUACCAAAGCUUUUACCAACAUUAUCCGCCAAGAAAGAACUUGUUCAUCCAUUAGCGAACGUUAAGAAAUCUCAGGUUGGUUCUGACAGCAUGGUUGGUGAGGGUUGCAACAUUUCGGAGAGUCAAGUAUCAAUUAAAAAAUCAAUUAUUGGCAAACAUGUAACAAUUGGUGAUAAAGUAAAAAUAACAAACUCUGUUAUAAUGAAUCAUGUCACGAUAAAAGACAGUUGUAACAUAACUGGUAGCGUGAUAUGUAAUAAUGUUCUUAUUAAUGAAAAUAGUACAUUGAAAGAUUGCCAAGUCGGAGAAUCACAAACUUUACCUGAGGGUUCUGACGUGAAAGGGGAAGCAUUUGGUAAAGGACAUAUGAAUAUUUAGAAGGUUAUAUAUCAACUGUAAAGUUCUUUGCUUUCGUAUAAAGAGCAAACAUGUUGUCUCUCGUUGAUAAAAUUUUGUAUGUUGAAUUGUU